GCGGUCCUCGAGGCCGCUGAAGUCGUUUGUGUCUGUUGAACGGUUUGCUAAGUCUAGCUGCUUUGGGUAGGGGUUAAAAAUUGUUCUUGAGAAGACGUGGUUGUCCGAAGAGAAAAUGAGUUUAGCUCUGAGAAGCGAGCUCGUAAUAGACAAAAGUAAGAGGAAAAAAAGAAGAGAACUCACUGAGGAACAGAAACAAGAAAUUAAAGAUGCUUUUGAACUGUUUGAUACAGACAAAGAUGAAGCAAUAGAUUAUCAUGAAUUAAAGGUGGCAAUGAGAGCCUUGGGGUUUGAUGUAAAAAAGGCUGAUGUACUGAAGAUUCUUAAAGAUUAUGACAGAGAAGCCACAGGGAAAAUCACCUUUGAAGAUUUUAAUGAAGUUGUGACAGACUGGAUAUUGGAAAGAGAUCCACAUGAAGAAAUACUGAAGGCAUUUAAGCUAUUUGAUGAUGAUGAUUCAGGGAAAAUAAGCUUGAGGAAUUUGCGACGUGUUGCUAGAGAACUGGGUGAAAACAUGAGUGAUGAAGAACUCCGGGCUAUGAUAGAAGAAUUUGAUAAAGAUGGUGAUGGAGAAAUUAAUCAAGAGGAGUUCAUCGCUAUUAUGACUGGUGACAUUUAAAGAAUUACAAGGAUAAACACUAAGAAUGUUGCAGUUACCAUCUUACAAUCUAGUUUUGUGCCUGGAGCCAUGUAAAAAAGGAAACUUAGUUCUUUUUUCCAAAAGGACCAAAAAUAAGCAUCUUGUGUAUUUGUAUUUUACCACUGUUGUUUCUUUGUAUGAACCGUUAUUAUUAGUACUCAAAUAGUUUAGCCUUGUAUUGAUAAUAUAGAUUUUAUAUAAAGUUUUUAAAAACUUGAAUUGUGAUGUGCAUUCUUUGAAGGUUUUUUUUAUUUAACAGUAGUCAUUUUUAUUUUUGUGCACACAUUUUUCAGACUUGCAUAAUAAAGUUUUUAUU